AUGCAUCAUCCAUUGAACACGGUUGCUGUAGCUCUGGCGGCCAUUGGUGUUGCUGGAGCACAGAACAGUAGCUGGGACCAUGCUCUGUACACUUCGAGUCCACCAGUAUACCCAAGCCCCGAGACAGCUGGCAUUGGCUGGGAAGCUGCUUUAGCACAGGCCGAGGCCUUUGUAGGCAAUCUCACUCUAGAAGAGAAGGCUGGAAUGGUCACAGGCUCUGCCGGCCCUUGCGUAGGCAACAUUGCACCCAUCGAGCGUCUCGGCUUCAAUGGACUCUGUCUGCAGGACGGACCGCUCGCUAUCAGACAGGCAACCUAUGCUUCGGUUUUCCCCGCUGGACUGACUGCUGCUGCCUCUUGGGACAAGGGUCUCAUUUAUACCAGAGGGCUGUACAUGGCUCAAGAGUUCAGAGGCAAGGGAGCUAAUGUUGCCCUUGGCCCCGUCGUCGGACCACUAGGUCGACACGGCCGCGGCGGCCGCAAUUGGGAAGGUUUCUCGCCCGACCCAUAUCUCAGUGGCGUUGCUGUUGAACAGACGAUCUGGGGCAUGCAAAGCACUGGAGUACAGGCUUGUGUCAAGCACUACAUUGGCAAUGAGCAAGAGAUCCAACGUAAUCCUUCCACUCGCAACGGAACGACCAUCCAGGCGAUCUCGUCGAACAUUGAUGACCGCACUAUGCACGAGCUGUACGCCUGGCCAUUUGCAAAUGCAGUCCGCAGUGGUGUCGCUUCGGUGAUGUGCUCAUACAACAGAGUCAACGGCUCCUAUGGAUGUGCAAACUCCAAGACCCAGAAUGGGAUCCUGAAGGAAGAGUUCGGCUUCCAAGGCUAUGUCAUGAGCGACUGGGGUGUAGGUCUUUUCACAAUAUCACUUGCUACUCAUAGUGGUUUGGCUUCAAUCAACGCGGGCCUCGACAUGGAUAUGCCUGGAACAAUUGGGUUCAGAGCCGGAGGUAACAGCUUCUUUGGUGGUAAUAUCACUAUUGCUGUCAACAAUGGUUCACUCCCCGAAGCUCGCCUUGACGAUAUGAUCAACCGUAUCAUGACACCAUACUACCAUCUCAAGCAGGAUACCGACUUCCCACCCAUUGAUCCGAGUGGUGCUCUCAACGGCUUUUUCGGUGCUUCUGCUUCGACAGUCGAGUUCCCUCUUGGUUCCGUGGCAAACGUUGAUGUUCGGGACAAUCAUGCGCCAUUGAUCAGAGAACUCGGUGCUGCUGGAACGGUCUUGUUGAAGAACACCAAGGGUGCCUUGCCGUUGAAUGCGCCGAAGAACAUCGCUGUGUUGGGCAAUGAUGCUGGAGAUAUUCUCAACGGCUUGUAUUUUUCUGGAGCUCCAUUCAGAACGAACGCUUUCGGAUAUGAAUAUGGCACACUGCCAGUAGGUGGUGGUAGUGGCACAGGAAGAAUUAGCUACCUGGUUGACCCCCUCAACGCUAUCAAAGCCAGAGCGGGCCAAGACGGUAGCCUGGUACAAUACAUCCUCAACAAUACCUUGUUAUCGACGCCUGCCGGCCUUGCGUCACUCCAGCCGACCCCGCCUGAUGUCUGUCUUGUCUUCUUGAAGACUUGGGCUGAGGAGGGCGACGACCGAGCAUCGCUCUUGGCAGACUGGAACAGCACCGCGGUCGUCGAAUCUGUCGCCAGUGUUUGCAACAACACUGUUGUCGUGACACACUCCGGUGGUCUAAACAUCCUGCCUUGGGCCGACAACCCAAAUGUCACUGCCAUCCUUGCUGCACACCUGCCUGGCACUGAGACCGGCAAUUCUAUCGUGGACAUCCUUUACGGCGACGUUAACCCGAGUGGCAAGCUACCUUACACAAUUGCCAAGACUCAAGAGGACUACGCCUUUGCCGACAUCGUCAAUAGCACUGCUCUAGCUACCACCAGAGAUCCCAACGCGUGGCAGUCGGACUUCACCGAGGGUCUCCUGAUCGACUACCGUCAAUUCGACUACUACAACCAAAGCGUCCAGUACGAAUUUGGGUUCGGCCUCUCGUACUCGACCUUCGAUAUCUCUUCACUGAGUGUCAGUAAGGUUUAUGGCGGACUUAACAUCAGCAGCACUCCUCCCCCUGCCAAGAUCAUUCCGGGUGGUAACCCUACGCUAUGGGAUGUCCUCUACAGAGCAACCGUAACCGUCACGAACACAGGUGAUGUGGCUGGUGCCACUGUCCCACAAUUAUACCUAUCGCUUCCUCAGAUUCCCGGUGAAGAUCCCACACCGCUCAAUGUCCUUCGAGGCUUCGAGAAAGUCAGUCUGCAGCCAGGGCAAAGUACGGUAGUUAACUUCGACCUCGCGAGACGCGAUCUCAGUUACUGGAAUGUGUUCCAGCAAGAAUGGGUUAUCGCGGAAGGAGACAUCGAGGUUUCGGUUGGAUUGAGUAGCAGGGACUUCAAGGCGACCUCCUCGAUCCGAGUUCUGUGAUGAGGGGAUUCGAAGGGUGGACUCAAGCUCGGCUAAGAUGCAUGUAGUAGAUAGUGAUUAACCAGUGGCCGGCAAAUGUUACAAUAGGGUUCUCUGCCCUAUUCUUGGCAAAUUGUCAAACAUCCUUGCUUGUGUUACAAAGGUCGUGCGUCGGAUGAUGAGCUUAACGAGGCUUGAUGGCGCUUGAUGAUCGGAGCGAGCAUUGGCGGUGUGGCGGACGCCACAGAUGUGCUGUGGGCGAUGCGGAUCAAAGUAUGAAGUUUGAUCUGACGACUUGCGGUCAUGAUUGUCGAUGUCGGCCAUCUCACAUGUGUCUAUACAGUGCUCGAAUUUUGAUAUAGAUUGAUGGUCAGCUUCAUCUUUGAGCUUCCAGAGACUAUCGACCUUGGCAUAUCUAUUUCGAAGCCAGUCUCUUUCUUGGCCUCCACCG